AUGAUAAAAUCAAGUGUAUGUUUAUUACUGCUAGGUAUAUUAGGGGCUUGUAUUUGUGGUGGACGAACAAGUGAAUGUAAUGGUAAUGCUAAAAUAUCAUUAUUAACAAGCAUACAUGACGAUUCAACCUGUACUAUGACAUCAAGUAGGGGUGUGAUAAUGUCUGAGGCUGCUAAAAUGUUCAUCGAAACGCACAAUAGUAAAAAUAAUAAUUUAAAAAUAGAUCUAAAUGUUUUGGAUACUUGUGGAACUGUUACGGGCUCAACAACUGCUGCAAUGAAAGCGCUUUCAUCAAAUAGUUGUCUUCACCCACCGUACUAUUUAGGAUUAAUUGGACCAGAAUCGGCAAUGAAUAUUGAUGCAGUACAAAAAAUAACAUCAAUAUUAAAUGUACCACAUAUUGUAAAUAUAAAUUCAAUAUCAUCACCAUACUUACAUUAUUUACAUGAAGAAACGGAUGCGUAUAUCGUUCAAGGAAUAUUAGAGAUGAUUGAAGUACUUGGAUGGAAAUCAUUCACAUUAGCAACACCCAAAUACAAUAGUAAUAGCAAUAAAGAUGAUGAUAUACAAGUUAUUGCUAAAAAAGUAACAAAAGCUGCUAUUUCACGCGGUCUUUGUGUUAUGAUACAUGAAGAAAAUGACGAUGAUUUCACAUCACGUAUUAUAUAUAUUGGAAAACCACCAAAGAGUUUUUUUAAAAAUUUAGACGCUACAGUUGUGAUUGCUAGUGAAGGAAAUUUAAAAAAUUACAUUGAUAAAAUUGACUAUCAGCAUGCAAUUAUAUUACUUGAAGAUUCUCGAAAUGAUAUAAUUGGAAUUGAAUCACGUGUGGAAAAUUCAAAAUUAUGGAAUAAUAAUAACAAUAAUCAAAAUAUUGAUAAGUUUGAUACUGAAGAAAUGCGCGAAGUAAGAUGGAUGAAAGAUGCUGUUGAAAUUUAUACCAAGUCAUAUGAUUUAUUAUGUAAGAAAAAAAAAUGCUCAAGUGAAGUUAAUCAUGCCGAAUGGAAUACUUUGGUCAGAAAUGUAGUAUCAACUAAAAAUGCUCAAUUACAAAUUGCAACGAGAACAAUUGAUAUUUAUUUGCAAGUUAAAAAUGGUGUACUUGAUAAAUUGGGAGAAAUAAAAGUUAAAAAAAACGAAGCAGUUGUCGACUGGGCCGAUGAUCAUGAUUCAAAUAAUAAUAGUGAUGAUGAUGAUGAUGAUGAUAGUAUUAUUCCCGAGUCACUUAAAAAUGUUUUGUCAAGUGGUAAUGACAGAACGAAUGAUUGCGCUACAUCUGUUAAAAAUUUUAAAACUCGUAAUGGAAACAAAAAUAAUCAUAAGAAUCACAAGAUUAAUAAUAAUAAUAAUGAUGAUGACGAUGAUGAUGAUGAUGAUGAUGAGAUAUCAAGAGUUUUGUAUGCUGAUGAUGAAGACUAUGAAUUUUGGACCGUGGUGGCUGUAGUAAGUGGAAUCGGUGUUUCAAUGUUCACAAUUGGUAUAUUAGCUGUUUAUGUGGUAUAUAAUAACAUACGCGGACCACGCAGUCCAAAACACAAAGGCGGAAGACGUUAUUCUGGAAAUGGUAGUGUAAUAAGACGUGUUAACAGUGAACGUGAAUUACAAAUUGUAACGCAGACACCACAACAUCAUCCUCAUCGUAAUCAGCAACCACGAACAAAUCAACGACGAAAUAGUAAUAACAGUAUCGGUAGCGUUAUUUCUGAUAGAAGCGUUUAAUAUAUUUUUUACCAUACCUGCGCCUAAAGUUCAGUUGCCGCCCUGUUUAGAGGGAAGUUCAUUUCUUGCAAGUUAAAGCUUUCAGGAGCAGAUUUGGUGAAAAAUUGUGUACACACCACGAAAGAUGGCAGGACAUCUUAAAAUGGGAUGUCCUACUUUCCUCCCUAGAUGUGUAAUAUACUAAUAGUUAUAUAGGGAGGAAGGGGCAAAACGGGGUACUUAAGGAAAUAGUAAGUAUGAGAACUCAAAUACGUUAAAUUUUUUGCGGGCAAAAUGGGGUACUCCCUAAAAAAAGUGCAAAAGACAGUUUUUAGAUAUUAUGUAAUUUUGAUUAAAUUAAAUUGUCUUGUAAGUAAUUUAUAUGAAGAGAAAUUACAUUUCAU